UGGUUGUAUGCCUGUGCAGCCCGGGGCGGGUGUUUGGGCGCAACUGGUCGCGAAAUGCCCCGGCUUAGUGGCAGCCAGUGUCGCUCUUUCUCUUGUCAUCUGCGUAGCCAGUCUAUUGCGACUUUCUUACUUGCAACAAAGGGCAUUCUGCUCCUAUAUGAAGGGCCA